AUGUUUUCUCCCCUUGGACGGCUUAGAGUAGCUCAGGCUGUAAGAAAACAGAUAACUCAACUACCACUGAUCAGCUCCGAGGCAACUCCGCUACAGGCACCACUGCACUGCUACCAGUUGAUCUGCCCACCCCUGGCGACGUUGCCUGCGUGUGCGCCUUGUGAGCUUCCCCCACCAUAUGCAGUAUAUCCUCUGCCCUAUGAAACGGCACCAGCCAUCUAUGGUCCACCAGCUCAAUUUGCGCUACUCCCGGCUCCUGCGCAGUACAGCGCGUGUUGCGAACCAGCGUGUUGUGCGCCUCUCGACAAACAGCCCCGCAUACCGCCGCCACCACUUCACCCGGCAUUCAUUUACUAA